AUGAUGAUUUCAAGAUCUAAACAUCGGUCGUCUAUCGAUGUUUGUUCCGAUUGCGGGGCAUCGGAUCCAUCGUGGGCGUCAAUUAACCGUGGGCUGUUGUUAUGUGCUGAGUGCUGUAGUGUUCAUCGCAGUAUGGGUCGGCAUAUAUCGCACGUAAAGUCACUACGGCAAGGGUCUUGGCCUCCGUCGCUUUUAGCUAUGGUGCAAGCACUGACAGCUCAGAAUGUAAAUAGUAUUUGGGAGCACUCUUUAUUGGACACAUCAGCUCCUAAGCAUCUGCGGAAAAAACCGACUCCAAAAGACCCAUUACAUCCAGUUAAAUCUGAGUUCAUUUUGGCAAAACAUUUGCGACUCGCUUAUGUAUUACGUGCUCGUCGUGAUGAGCCACCAAGUGAAUUGGGAAGACAGUUGCACAGUGCUGUGCGAAGUUCCUCUCUGGACACGGGCAUGCGACUACUAGCGCAGGGGGCUGAUCCUAAUUACUAUAAUCAGGAAAAAGGCAACAUGUGCUUACACGUAGCGUGCCGUGCCGGUCAGCCAGCGCAGGCUGAGUUGUUGGUAGCCUGGGGAGCUGAUCCAACAGCCAAGGAUAGCGCAGGAAACACCCCCAGCGAAUGUGCUAGACUAGGUGGCCACACAGAACUUGCAGACCGCAUGACAGAGUUAGUAUAUGAAGCCACAGACCGAAUGAUCUACUUUCUGACCGGUGAAAGACCGGAUCACGCAUCUGGUAGGCACUACAUAGUGCCGCGAGCGCAUGAUACACACGAAAUGACCGACGUCGCUAAGGCUGCUAGGGGAAAGUUGCAACUAUUACCGAACCACCUCUUUGAAGAGCUGGUUAUGGAUAUUUACGAUGAAAUUGAUCGACGGGAAACGGAAGCCAUAUGGCAAACAAGCGCGACGGGCUUAGAGCGAUGUGGUGUGGCAUUUCUGCCCGUGAACCCGGCUCUGUCGGCCCCAAGAAACCAGGGCAGGCAGAAAUUAGCCAGACUGUCUUCACCGGAAUUCGCUACAUUACUCCGGGAUGUUCUUCUAGAUGCUACUAGAAGACAGAGGAUUGCGAGUCUACAGCCCAGAGGUAUAUCGGGUCCUCUAAACCCGUUAUUAUCAGCAAGCCACUUGAAACACAUUUCCCAAAUGUCUGACGAUGAGCCAUUAUACGAUUCGGUCGCUUCGGACGAAGACUACGCGGCGUUGACACCCAUUGACUUGGAUAUGUCAAAUCUAGACCCAAAAGCGGGCGAAACAGUCUCAUCCACAUAUAACCCAUCACUACCUGAAUCAAACGAACGUACAAACACACCGAUAGACAGAAACGAGAUAGAAUCACUUAAAAAAGAACUCGACAAUCGGGACUCAACCAUCACAGAGUUGAAGAACCAGCUCAAAAACCUUCAAACUAUCGUGGAACAGCUGACGAAAGAGAACAGCGUACUAAAAACGAGUAGUAUCGACGAGGACAGCGUGUCCACGAAUGAGGACAAAGAGAAAGGAAGAGAAGAAGAUGUAAGAGUGAAGACCCGCCCGGUCAGUAUGUAUGAGACUAGAGAGGGACCAAGGAAUAACUGGCAGGUUACUAAACAUCAGUUGACAAGUAUUCCGGUUUUGGAGAGAUCCCUAACACAGGGUGCGUUGGAAGUUGGCGUGUCGAGUAUGAUGGAUAUUGAUUCACCUCGGGAGCCAUUGAAUGCUGAGGUAGUCCAAAUGCGUGCGGAAGCCGUGACCCGUGCAAUCCAGGAGUUGUGGUCGGCUGCGAGGCUCCAACGCAGUCGGUUGCCGGACAGGGCUGACUCCAUUCGACGAGCUACGUCGUCACUAUUGGCACUGUUUCCACAGACCUGCUCAGACGCAUCGUUGGACCAGGUAGUAAGUGAUCUUCGUUCAGCGAGCGAAGAAUUGAGUAUUGCUUGCACUGCCCAAGCUCCAAUCGACCAAGUACGAACAGCGGCGUACGACUUGGCCAAGGCGACCAAAAUUUUAGUAACACAUUUCCAGCCCUCCUAG